AUGCUACUGAGGAAGCUGGUAGAAGCAGAGAUUGAUGGGGUGGCAGUGGCCACACAGUUGACAGCCCUGAAUGAGGCUAUGGGUGGUGUGAAAAAGGUUAGCUGCACUCUCCGAGAUCUCCUCAGGGAGUGCCAUGAACAAGAGGUACUCUCCCCAAUACAUGGACUUGCUUAGAUUGACAAGUACAGUGGUUUUGAAGGAAAAUUGAAAAUGACAAUAAGAAUUGUUUUCUAAUAUAUUGAUUGGAAGAAAACAAUGUGUGUGUUGUGGGGUGGGGUGGGUGGGUGGGGGUAGAUCAGCUUUAACAUUGCAGAUAGAUUGUAGGUUCUAUCAGUUUAAUUGUUUGCAUCAUUUCCAAUCCCUUAUUUAUUUAUUUUUCCCUUUUCUCUAUACUUUUCCUCCCAUUCUCUACCAUCCCUACCCUAAUUGAAGUAAACUAACUGACAGCAAUACCUUUACUGCUACUUACAGCUAUUUCGGUCACAUCUACGUUACAUGUAGUUAAAUAGUUAUACAUAUAUUCCUAAUUUCCUCAAGUGCUGGAUUUUCACCCACAGCAGCCAAUCCACCAUUCAUUCUGAUCUUAACUCCAACCCCCCGAUGUCCACAGAUUAACCCAUCUUUCCCAGUAUAAUGCCAUUUUGCUAUACAUCCCUCCAUUUUACUAUGAUGUCUUACUGGGGUUCCUGAACCUCCUUAUUUGUAAAAAUGUCUACCGAUAUUGCCCUCAAAAUAAAUGCUUUACCCAAGAGUAUAAUGAUAUUUCCCAUUGACUGAUCGUGGUUUUUCAGAUCCCCUAACAAUGCAGUUUGCAGGUCCAUCUGAACCCUGAUAUUAUUACAUAACAACCAUUGCUGGACAACUCCAAAAGCGAGCCACUGAUGGACUGUACCAGAAAAUAUGUUCUAUUGAUUAUGUUUCCUCAUGGCAGAGUCUGCACAAGGCUGACUGUUCAAUGCCCCAUAUAUUGAGCAUUCUUUAAAAAUGUGUUUAUUUACAGUACCAGUCAAAAGUUUGGACACACCUACUCAUUCCAGGGUUUUUCUUUAUUUUUACUAUUUUCUACAUUGUAGAAUAAUAGUGAAGACAUCAAAACUAUGAAAUAACACAUAUGGAAUCAUGUAGUAACCAAAAAAGUGUUAAACAAAUCAAAAUAUAUUUUAUAUUUGAGAUUCUUCAAAGUAGCCACCCUUUGCCUUGAUGACAGCUUUGCACACUCUUGACAUUCUCUCAACCAGCUUCAUGAGGUAGUCACCUGGAAUGCAUUUCAAUUAACAGGUGUGCCUUGUUAAGUUAAUAUGUGGAAUUUCUUUCCUUCUUAAUGCGUGUGAGCCAAUCAGUUGUGUUGUGACAAGGUAGGGGUGGUAUACAGAAGAUAGCCCUAUUUGGUAAAAGACCAAGUCCAUAUUAUGUCAAGAACAGCUCAAAUAAGCAAAGAGAAACGACAGUCCAUUAUUACUUUAAGACAUGAAGGUCAGUCAAUCCGGAAAAUUUCAAGAACUUUGAAAGUUUCUUCAAGUGCAGUCGCAAAAACCAUCAAACGCUAUGAUGAAACUGGCUCUCAUGAGGACUGCCACAGGAAAGGAAGGCCCAGAGUUACCUCUGCUGCAGAGGAUAAGUUCAUUAGAGUUACCAGCCUCAGAAAUUGCAGCCCAAAUACAUGCUUCAGAGUUCAAGUAACAGACACAUCUCAACAUCAACUGUUCAGAGGAGACUGCGUGAAUCAGGUCUUCAUGGUCGAAUUGCUGCAAAGAAACCACUACUAAAGGACACCAAUAAGAAUAAGAGACUUGCUUGGGCCAAGAAACAUGAGCAAUGGACAUUAGACCGGUGAAAAUCAGUCCUUUUUGGUUCCAACCGCCGUGUCUUUGUGAGACGCAGAGUAGGUGAACGGAUGAUCUCCGCAUGUGUGGUUCCCACCGUGAAGCAUGGAGGAGGAGGUGUGAAGGUGUGGGGGUGCUUUGCUGGUGACACUGUCGGUGAUUUAGUUAGAAUUCAAGGCACACUUAACCAGCAUGGCUACCACAGCAUUCUGCAAUGAUACGCCAUCCCAUCUGGUUUGCGCUUAGUGGGACUAUCAUUUGUUUUUCAACAGGACAAUGACCCAAAACACACCUCCAGGCUGUGUAAGGGCUAUUUGACCAAGAAGGACAGUGAUGGAGUGCUGCAUCAGAUGACCUGGCCUCCACAAUCACCCGACCUCAACCCAAUUGAGAUGGUUUGGGAUGAGUUGGACCGCAGAGUGAAGGAAAAGCAGCCAACAAGUGCUCAGCAUAUGUGGGAACUCCUUCAAGACUGUUGAAAAGCAUUCCUCAUGAAGCUGGUUGAGAGAAUGCUAAGAGUGUGCAAAGCUGUCAAGGCAAAGGGUGGCUACCUUGAAGAAUCUCAAAUAUAAAAUAUAUUUUGAUUUGUUUAACACUUUUUUGGUUACUACAUGAUUCCAUAUGUGUUAUUUCAUAGUUUUGAUGUCUUCACUAUUAUUCUACAAUGUAGAAAAUAGUAAAAAUAAAGAAAAACCCUGGAAUGAGUAGGUGUUUCCAAACUUUUGACUUGUACUGUAUUAAUUGAUAGACAGAAUCAUUGUGGACAUCAGAGCAGAGGCAAGGCCUACUGGGGAGACUGGCAGACACAGAAGCAGAAAAUAUGGUGUGUAUCCAUCACCAUGUUAAAUUUCCCUUAUAUUGCUAAAUUUUCCUUUCACUCUGUGUGGUGCAUAUCCAUGGUCAUAGAUGACAUUUAGAAUGUUGUUUCUGCUUUUCUGGCUUUCAGCAUCUUACUGCAAAACUCAACAACAAAGAGAAGGAAGCCACCCAGCUUGCAGUGCAUUUGGAUUCUGAAAAGGUACAUCAUGGUCUCUAGUUCUCUAGAUUCUCAGCCGUUUGCAUUUGAUGCAGAGAGAGAUCAUGAUAAAGUUGUUUUAUUUAGCUUACCAGGUGCUCACAGAUAGCAGCUUGUCUUUACUCAUCAUUCCAUAUCCUCCAUACAGGACAAUGUGAAGACCACUGGAGAGCUUUCUAAAGUUCUGGAGUCAACCCACAGCCUGCUUAUGGUUCAGUUACGCAGCAAAGAGACUGAAAAUGGCCGCCCGGAGUAAAGUGGGUAUCAAGGUUUACGGGCCACAGAAUUGAUAGAGUAUGUAGAGUAUACUAUUGUUUUAUCCUUGAUCUAUAUUUCAUUGCAACUCAGAUAAACACCUAAUAAUUCAAUACCACCUUAAAGUACUCGGGACAUCUGACCACAACAAUAAAUCGUCUCUCUCCAUUUCUCCCCCUUUUUAUCUCCCUUCCCUGUGUGGAACAGGAGAUGGAGCAGACCCAGGAGCAGCAGCAGGAGGAGAUACAGGCCCUGCUGGAGCAGCUGGAGGAUCUGAAGCAGCAGAGUGAAGAGGACAAAGAGAGUCUGAAGCAGGCCAACCAGACCCAGAGGCAGAGAGCAGAGCACAGUUAGGAUUCAGCCAGACAGCUCGCUGCAAAGCUGCUGGAGAAGGUCUGACACUCACAGGUCCUCAGGCUGCUCUCACGGGUUGACAUGUGGUGUUUGGAUGGCAACAAGGUGGUUGUGUGUGAUCCUGUGAAUUAUAUUAUAUGGGAGGAACACACAUGUAGAUACAUUACCAAGUGGUCCAAGUGUCACACUGCCCAAUGUAUUUGUGUGCCAUCAUUCAGGAGACUUAAGUUGGCAGAGGCCCUUUCUUCAGCUGAGAGCUGGUGUACCCGCCACUCCAAAGAGGCAGCUUGAAGUGGAAAUCACUGUUCUCAAGAAGUGAGUAAUUGUGACUACCAUGAGGUAUUCAAGACCUGUUUCAUAUGAAUGAUUCAUAAUGGUUUGUCUUUGGCAAAUGACCUUGUAAAAAGAAGUUGUCCAAAACCUUGAAAUAAGUGUAUUUUGCAUUAUGUGCUUUGCUGUCUGUCUGUGCAGCCAGGUGACUGAGAUGACUGCACAGAUCCACACUGUGGAGGAGAAAGGCCGUGCUGAGACGGAGGGGCUCCUGGACCGGCUGCACCGCCUCACCUCUGACAACUCUGUCAACAAACUAGUGAACCAGAGACUGAAGGGAAACAUCAUUUUUUCUUCACUUUCAGUCAUCAAGUGUAAUAAACUAUAGAAUAUCAAACCUUGAUAAGGACUGAAGAUGACAAAACAUUCUGUAAAUUUGAAUGUCAGGUUAGUUGUUUAGUUAUUUGUGUAUCUUCUUUUUGAGACCACCCCUGUCUGCUGCAGAGGUGAACCUGACGCAGUCCCAGUCUGAAGCCCAGCAGCUGAAGAGUUCAGUCAAGAAGCUAGAGAGCCAGGUGGAAAACUAUAAGAGCAAGGUACAGUUGAUCAGCCUAUCCGAGUGUAGGCUGUACUUCAAUCAAGGUGUUAUAAUCCAGCUAUAAUGCUGCAUGCUAUCCAGGCUGUAGCAUAGAUUUUGAAUUGAUAUGUGACAAUUGUGCUGCAGGUUCAGAGGGCCCGCUUAGAGUCAGAGGAGUACUGCUUAAAGCUGGAGAUCUCUGAGAAAGAUGCACAAGAGAUGAAGGCUGACCUGGAGAGCGAUAUUGUGCAGGUCAGGAGGCAGCUGCUGGGUGGCUGAAGGAGCUGGAGCCUCUGCCUGAGAGGCUGAAGCGUUCUGAGGAACAGCUGAGAGAGGCCCAGGAAGAGACGCACACUCAGGAGAGGAGAAACACUGAGCAACACAACACCCCCACUGAACUCAGACACAAGGUAUGAACACAUACUGUAAAUGGACAGUUUUACAGAAGAAAAUCAUAUCUGUGCUUCAAUUAAAAGUGUGUGUGUGUCUGUCUCUGUAGGUGGAACAGCAGGGCUGUCUGGUGGAAACCUUUCAAGAGAAAAAUGUGCUUCUGCUGGAGGGGAACACAAUUCUAAAGCAUAAGAUGGAAAGUAUAGAGAGGUAAGUCAUAUCAAUACCUGAAGGAGAUGUGGAAAAACUUUGGUGUCCCUAUGGGAAAUGAUCCACAAAACAUUCUGUAUGUUUCUGCUGAUCAAUGUCUUGACUGUUCCUUCCCUCUCUUAGGAAACUGGAGGAGGCAAACUUGCAGAUAGGAUCUGAAUCACCAUAAUAAGGAAUGAUACAACUAUGAUAACUUUGUCAAACUGAACUGAUAUGGAAGUCUGUGUUUCUUCCUUUGCAGAUGGAGAGAUGAUUCCGGAAUCAGUUGAGGAACCUGAAGGAGAGACUGGAACAAUCUGACUCUACAAACCGCAGCCUGCAGAAUUAUGUUCAGUUUCUCAAAGCUUCAUAUAGUAUUGUGUUUGGUGAUUCUGUGCUAUCAAGCUCUCUACACACACACUCACCAAUCUGAUUGAAUAUUCUUAGCAUUAUAUUGUAUGAGUUGUACCAAGGAUCUCUUUUUUAUAUUCAGUUGAAAUUUACUGUACUGUUUUACAAAACAAUAACAAAAGCUUAAAAUGAAAAUGGACAGUCUGGUGUGUUUCACGCAUUCACAAACUCAGAAAAUGAAGGAAAAAGUCAAGAUAGUUGUCAAGCUUCUACCCGCAGUAUUUAGAUUAACAUUGUUCACAAUACGUUAUGAAUUGACCCAUUAUGAGGGCAAAGUAGCUUUGAGGAUAAACAGCCUUGACUCGGAACCAUAGAUGUAUCAGAGCCGGAAAUUGACCACGUCGGAGUUUGACUUUCAGUGGCACUUAUGCCGCAAGCAGCAGCUAGCUAAAGUUAGCCUAAUAAUCACCCGUCUCUCAAAAGUGUUUGUUGUGUGUUUAUUUACACGCCAAAAUGCCUGUUGAAAGUUUACGAUGGGAUACAUUAGAGGCCUUAAAAAACUCAACAAAGGGAAGACUGAAAUACAACCCAGACUGGCUCGAAAAGGGGGAGGUAAUGAACGUCACCGCUAGCAUGCUAGCUUACGACUUCAAAUAUAUAGCUCAAUGGUUCAAAGUUGUAUCGCAUGUUGUGUAUUCGCUAACUGACAAAAACAAAGUUACAACACGACCAACAUAAUUAUUAUCCUGCUAGCUAGCUGGCUCAUGGUAUGUCUACGAUUUCAGUAUCCUAGGCAACAUUGGACACACAUUUUAAAUAAGCAUUUCAUUUUAUUAGUUAUGUGAUGUAGCCUAACGUUACCGGUAUGAUCCUUUCUCAUGUCCCCUGCAGGAUAUUUUGUCAGGUUGUAAUGAAGCUCCUAGCUUGUCCCCACUCUCUGGGCUCAUCCUGAAGAGGCUUAACAUGAGCCCUCGAACCCUUCAGAAGACCUGCUCUUUGGGCUCUGCUUCCCGUGACCCAAGCCCAGGCCUGUCCGAGGAGGCCCCAGUCUCCACAAGCUCCUCAACCAGCCCCUUCCCUUCAGCCAAUGCUCAGCCCACUCCCCUCUCUUCUCCACUACUGGUCCCCAGGUCGAAGAAAGACGAGGAGCAGGCAAGUCUCUCUCCCACUCCGUUUAUCCCAUAUUAUAACUCCCUCUGCACACUGUAUUUUUGUACAUUUUUAUGAACCUAUCACAUUUGUCUUCAUAUCGAUCCGCAGCAGAUUGUUGGUGAUGAGGACAGUGCCACAGAUGCCAGCAAUGAUGUCAGUCCAGUCUCCAACCCCAUUCUUCCCCCCACCAUCUCCUUGCUGUCUCCCAGGGCAACUCAAAUGGCAGGAUGUAUACGCAUUUGUGAGGAGAAACAUCGUGCCAAGGCCAAGGUUGCAAAGGCUUCUUUUCAUUUUUUUUCUUAGUUAUCUUGUUCAUGCAUCAACAUGUCACUGUUACAUUUUGACUCCAACACUGUUGACUAUAUAUGUGAGAACCAUGGCAUUAUGUUAAGCUAGCAUUUCAUACCUAAUCUAGACCCUUGAAUGUCCUGGUGCAGAUGGAGCUGAGUCUAAGGCAGGAGCUGCAGGAGAAGCUGGUGGCCUCAGUGGCGAGCCGGGAGUCAGAGCAGCUCAAACGCUUUGAGGAGUUCAUGGAGCUGAAGCAGAGACAGGAGUACCAGAGUAUGAGGGACAUGAUGGACAGAGAGUACGCCGUGCUUGUUUUAUCUCUAAAGCAUAAUCGUCUCCUUUUCACCCACCAAUAUGCUGCUGUCCCUGUGACAGGAUUGAAAAUGUGUUACAUGUCAAGAAUCUUAAUUUACUGCUUGUCUUUCUCUUGUUUAAAAGAACACAAGAAAGCAUUGGGCGCCAAGAAAAGUUGAAAGAAGAGCACAAAAACAGAAUAAAGGUAUUGAAAGUUUAACCACUGGAACUUCAGAAAGCAAAAUGCAAAACAGUCGUUUUCAGAUACAGGUUGAAAAAUCUCCUCCACCCCUCACAGAUCCUGAACCUGCGCCUGAGGGAGGCGGAGCAACAGCGCUUGCGGGAGGCAGAAUUUGAGAGGCAGAGACAGGUGGAGGGUAGGGAGAGACUGCGUGCUCUCAACGCCAUCCAGGAAGAGAUACUUCAACUCAAUCAGCUCCUGGAGCCGGCCACACCCACCCAGUCAGGCCCCUCCCCUGAUCUCACUUCCUAUAGCACCCGCGCCAACCAGCUAUGCUCCCAGGUGUCAGAGGUGGUGCGCACGACAGCAGAGGUCAGUGUGAUUCUCUUUAUCCUUCAUCUAUGGUUGCAUGUGUCUUUCGUAGUAGACCCAUGCUAUGGGGGAGCAGGGAAUAACAUCUAUUUUGUUGUUAUCCUGUUUAUGUCCUUGCUCUGGUCAAUAUGGGUAAGUGGUUAUGUUUGUUUGUGUUUGCGUAGGGGGAGUUCCCCAGUGUGGAAGACAUGACGGUGGCAGAGCGGGCACUGCAUGAGAUGAGGUCACUGAUCCGGGUGAUGCAGGAGGCGGCUGCCCAGGCCCAGGAGAAGAGGAAGAAGGCGCAGGAGGAGGAAGAGGAGCGCAGGAAGUUGGCAGUGCUGCAGGCCCAGCAGGAAGAGCAGAAGAAGAGUGCAGCUCUGUCAGCCAAAGAGAAGGCACGGAAAAAGGGUAAUGAGAGGGAGGAUAAAUGGAUGGAUAAAAGGAAUGUGUUUGUUUGGAUUCAUAUGGUAUGUACGAAUGAGGAAGCACUCUGUUCUUUCCAAAGGCCUGCAGACUAAAGCUGAGCAGAGCACUCUGAAGUGGUACCAGGAGCUGCAGGAUUCCGCUAACCAGUGUGCACAGUCUUUUGAAGGCUUGAACAACACUAAGGAUAUCCAGGUUGGUUGAAACUGCAUGGGUGAGAAAUAAACUGUGCCAUUAUAGGAAACUGCAGUUCCCACAUUAUGAUACACCUUCACAUUAAAAGCUCAAUUACAAAUGAAUGGCAACAUUACUAUUACCUUUUUUUAUUUGUUUUUCAGACAAAGAAACUAAGAAUGGAGCUCCAGAAGGCAGCCACCAUCCCUGUCAGCCAGAUCUCCAGUAUCUCAGGUGCGUCUGGGUUAUGGAGAGGGCUCCGAGGCUUAUAAUGACACUCAUUCUAUCUAUGGUAAAGUGAAAGAAGGUGAACAUUGCUAUAAUAAUUGUGCGAUUGAAAUUGUCUGGGCCAUGUUUGUCAAAUACCCAGGUUCCAAGCUCAGGGAAAUAUUUGACAAGAUUGACAAGCUUUUGUCUGGGAGAUCAGUGGUAUCCGGAGGGAAGUCUGUCUCCACCUCCCAGCAUCCCAACGGCCUGGACUUUGUCAGCUACAAACUGGCCGAGAAGUUUGUGGUGAGUUCACAUGACCUUGGCUUGAACUGCUGGAGACACAGGACUAUUGGUCUUUGUCUCUUUACAAUUCUAUAUGUCUUCCAUACAGUGCCUAAUGUUUAAUGCUAUGUUUUAUACUUCCAUAGUCAUACGAAUAAAAUAGUGUAGUGUCUUGUUUUCAUAGAGCUCUAGAAAAUGCUUCCUUGUCAAUGUGUUUCUCUAGAAACAAGGAGAGGAAGAGGUGGCAUCCCACCACGAGGCAGCCUUCCCCAUCGCUGUGGUGGCCUCCGGGGUGUGGGAGCUUCACCCCAAAGUCGGAGACCUCAUCCUCGCCCACCUUCACAAGAAGUGCCCCUACGCAGUGCCCCACUACCCACCUAUGAAGGAUGGCACAUCUGUAGAGGAAUAUCAGAAGUCAGUGAGGCAUCACACUGUUUUGCAAUGCAUCUGGAACUAACUGUAAUGAAACAGAAAUUUAAGUAAUUCCAUGACUUUGGGUUAAAAAGACCUAUGCUGCAUUUCAAGUGUGUUGCUUCCACAAUCUAAGCAAAUGAGGUCAGUUGCUCUGGCUGAUGUGUUGUUCUGUGUCCCACCAGAAUCUUAGGCUACCGUGUGGAAGAUGGAGGGGUGGAGGCUCAGGACAGCUUUUUGAAGAGGAUGUCAGGAAUGAUCCGCCUCUAUGCUGCUAUUAUACAGCUCAGAUGGCCUUAUGUCUCCAAGCAGGGGGUAUAGACAAUCUUACAUUGUUUACAUAACGAAUGCUAAUAUCACUAUGUCAAAACACUUCACUGCCCCCCCCCUUGUAUAAUGUUAGUAGGCUGACCUUAUUAUUAUCAUUAUUUGUGUCCACCCCUCCAGCCUGACCCACAUGGGCUGAACAACGGCUGGCGCUGGCUGGCUCAGAUGCUGAACAUGGAGCCCCUGGCAGACGUCACGGCAACACUCCUUUUUGACUUCCUAGAGGUGAUGAGUCAUGACUCUGACACCUGUCUCCAAAGACGGUCUCAAGACUAGACAUUUUAUGCAGGUCACUGAUGUCCCCUGUUCUCGGUCUUCCCUUAGGUCUGUGGCAACGCCCUGAUGAAGCAGUAUCAGGUUCAGUUUUGGAAGCUCAUUCUGCUCAUCCAAGAGGAUUACUUGCCAAGGUACAAUCACCACUCUCAGCAGUUCAGUUUUACAUCAAAACUAAAUAGUCUGGUCUAACCUUGUGGUACACUUUACCUUGGACACUCUUUCAAUGCACAGACCUCAUGUUGUCAUUUCUCCUCUCUCAGGAUUGAAGCUGUCACCAGCCAAGGCCAGGCGGGCUCAGUCACAAGGCUCAAGCAGUUCCUGGAGGUGAGUGUGCUGCAAGGCCAAGCUGCACAGCCCAGUAUAGCACAGUAUUGUAUGCACCAUUUCUGAACUGACACUGAUGCACUGUCUUUAAAACCUACUUAACUCUUAAAAUUGGUCAAAGUGAUCCUGUGUUUUCUUUUUGUCUCCCUAUCAAGAGUUCAUUAAGAAGCAGACAGAUCCCUCCCCCCAAAGGCCAGCUGAUCUCCCACUUCUGGAGAUCCUGAGUGGGGCACGGAAGGAUGGGAAAGAAGGUUCGUUGGACAUUAAAAAUGAUGCCUCAGUUGUAUUCAAGGCUGCAUCACCCCAGUCUACAACUCAUAGAAUGCACUAGGUAGAGAAGCUCUGUGUAGAUGUGGAAGUUAUGUUUAUGUUUGCAAUGAUGCGCUAUAUCCUGAUCAAUUUGCUUAAUAGUAUGUAGACUUAGUAUAGUUUGCUAAAACCAAAUUAUAACUGGCCUGUACCGUGACUGCAACAUUAACUAUUUUAUCCAAUCUUCGUGCUAAUCCUACUGCAUAGUCAUAUCCAUUGUUCUUUUUCCCCCUUACCCUUGUUGAGAACAUUAUACUAUUAAGGUAGUUAUGUGGCUUCUUGCUGUACAGUUGUUGUUGUUUUUUCUCAUUCACUGCAAUGUGAUUAUUUUGGUUCACCAAAUUCAUAUGGCAUUACUUGUAGAUUUUAACCUAUGAGGGAUUACUUUCUGUUCUCUCUUUGUAUUUAUUUUUUGCUGAUUGCUUUUAGAUCUGAUUACUCAAUCAUGACAUCCACUUUUCAAGCCAUAUUGUCAGUGUUGUCAUAGAUAAUGGAAUGUAAUCCACCAACAUGUUUAUAUUUUGUACAUUGACAUGUAAUUAGCUAUUUCUGUUUUUAUAGUGUGAGGAUUUAAGGUUUCCAUUUACCACUCAGUUGGUGCUGAGCUGCAGUUAAGGUUGUACCAAACCGGUAUAAGGCUGCGUUCACACAGGCAGCCCA